AUGGCCGCUUUUCAGAACCACGAAGAUAUUCUUGAGGCCGCCUUCAACGAUCCUAAUAACACUACCAUUGUCUUCGAACCUUCUAAUGUAAAUCAAGUCAUCAAAAGCCGCCACUAUGACGCUGAUCCGGACUUGCAUUACUCAAAAACCCAACUCUGGGACAUGGAAGUCAAGAAAGCGCACAACCCAGCCAAAUACUUACGACACCUCUUACGUCCAGGAAGUCUUCAAGUCUUCAACGUACAAAAGAACGGUCCCACGGAGACAUUUGUCCGAGUUACGGAUCAGGGAACUUGGUUGGAUCAUUCCAAGUACAACACUGUCAUUGAGCAGGUCUUUUUGGAUUACGAAAAGGAAAAGGCCUUCUUUAUUGGUGUACCAGAAGUUGAUGGUCCGGAUGGUCGCAAGAUUGUUGCUGGAACACAGCAGCCGCUCUUCCAUGUUGAGCAUUCUGUGACUGGCACUGAAGACGAGCCUCUGAACGUUUGGCGAGUUGUCCACUUGGACAAGGAUGAGGAUGGAAAACUGAAGGAGGCGUUCAAGAAGCUAACGGACUCUCCUUAUUUGAGAGAGUUCAAUGAGGUUUACAUCCGUGAGGACCUUGGAAAGAAGUUAGAGCGCAUGUAA